AUCAGAGUCAUGUGACCUAAAAGCUAACACUAGUGGAUCAACACUAACAUCCACUGAUGUGUUCUAGGCUUUAAGGUCAAGAGGAAUAUAAAAAGGCACCAGAACUAAUGCAUGUCGGCUAAAGUUUGCUACUGAAGCUCCUUUGAUAUCCAAUGAAACAGACUAAUUGUUAAAUUCUGUGACAAAAGAAAACUAAACCAAAGAAACCUGAUUUUAUCAAUACAUCCUAAAACAAUUGAAAGAUUUCAGCUAUAAUCUAAGCCAAACAUUAGGAAUAAAAAAACAUUUCAAAAUCCCUCAGUACCCAUUGAAAAAGAGAGAAAGAGAGAGUGAUUAUUCGAUUGAGGGACAUGUCUGGUGUGAGCCCCGUGUGAAGGUGAGUGUGAUGUGUGUGACGUCCAACAUAGCAGCUUACAGACACCCUCUUUCUACUUUUAGAUCUACCAGGAAUGAUGGCACAUAACGUUAUGCUUGACUGAUCUUCGAGACCAUUUGCUGAACUUGACCAAAGUCCCAUCAGUCCACAAACAAAACUACUGUAACAUAAAGCCCAGCUCGACUCAACGCAGAAGAGGUGCUGCAAGCAAGUAACACAGGCUGCAGUUGAUCAUGUUGCUACAGACAAGAGGCAUCCACAGCAAGUCUGGGUGCUGUAUACCACAUUAGAUCAAGAAGGGAUCAUCCAUUUAUUCCUGCCUUAUGUUCAAGGGUCAUAGAAAAGGCUUUAAAAUAAUUCAGGAUUAUGUAUAAAAUAAGCUGUCUCAGAAAAGUGCAACCUCUGGUUAGACUUUCACUUCUUCCAAACUCAGACAGGCUGUCUACAUUAAAUAGCAGGGUAAUGCUCCUUAAACGUUUUGCAUCUUCAAUCUUCUUUAAAGAAAAUGCCAAAGAAGUGAGAUAUUUGCAUUGUCUGCCUUUUGAUUCAUCUAAUAAUAAGUUAUUUAAAGGUGAACCUCCAGCUGGGAUUUCUGCUGUUCUUGCACUGAAUCAUCACCCUGGCCAAUCCUUCAAUGUACCAUCCAGAUACGUUAACAUUUACCCUAAGAGGAGGAAUCUCAGUGUGUUUGCUGGAAAUGCCAGUUUUAUUGUUACAGUUCCUGAGUAUCAUAACCAAUCACAAAGGCGCACACUCAAUCAAUGGUCAGAAGCAGAUCAAAAUGAACAGGGAAGCAGUUGCAAAGUGCCGUCUUUGAAAUGCAAAGAGAAAUCAGAGACUGUUACCUCCAUCAAUGAAGAGUCUGGACUGCAGUUAUUUCACAUCAGCUCUUUGACCACAGCCUUUGGAGAGAGUUACAGUUAUGUUGCGAAGCAUAUCAACUCUGUGUUCUCUCAGAGUUACACUCGUAGCAAGCAGGAAAUCUUUCAAGGCUUAUCCACCAUUAGAGGAGCAAACAGAAGGGUAAGGAGAAAAAAACAAACACAUUCUGAUGCAAUCUCUGAAGUCAAGCUUAAUGAUGAAAGGAUAGCAGUAGGGCAUGACAACGUUUUCAACAGCUGGGAGGAAGCAUAUCAUCAAAUUGCAAGACACAUUAACAAAUAUUUUAUGGCUAAAUCUGCAGAUGAAGCUUACAGUAAAAAAGAACUUCUAGAAGAAAAGAACAAAUCAAAAAAGAAAUAUGUCUUCCCAGAAUCUACUUCAGAAACUGGCAGUGGUAUCAUGUUCCAGAUAAAGGAAGAAGAGCCCACUGCAAGGGAAAAUACAAACUUCUUUCACAGCAGCUUAAGUGCUUCUAACUUGGAAGAUAACUAUAUUCAGACAUCAAGUCAUAUAAAUCAGUAUUUCAGAGCUCAAAGUCGACCGAAGGACCAUCAUAUAAAUGUCACGACAAAGAAGGACCCAACACCUUCCAAGUCAACAUCUUACAUGGAUGUCCUUCGCCAACAUACUAGUGUUAUUCCAGGUAUCCUUGGUACCUUUAUGAACCUAGGCCCUUUGUCAAGGGGCACUGAUUCGAAACCUGCUGUGACCUCACCUGAGCCAAUACUAAAUAACAAGCUUGUUUUGACCCAGAGACAGGCAGAGGAGACCACAUUUAGGUUGUUAACCAGACUGGGAGAAGCUGCUAAUCCAGAAGCUCUGAGUGCCUGCAUAGAUUUACUCAAUGAACAUCUUAUCUACUUCCCAUCAAGCAAGGCAUUAAUCUGGAAGGAGAAAACUGUAGUCAGCUUGCUGAGACUACGGAGAACUUAUAAAAAUGAUCAGGAACUUCAGGACGCUUUAAGAGAGACCUUGGCUCUGAUUGGUUAUAUGGAUCCAGUUAAAGGCUGUGGUGUCAGAAUUCUCUCCAUUGACGGUGGGGGUACCAGAGGUGUGGUCCCCCUGCAGUUACUAAAGCUAAUAGAAGAUGAUACUGGAAAAAAGAUCCACCAGCUGUUUGACUACAUCUGCGGAGUGAGCACAGGAGCCAUCUUAGCUUUCAUGUUGGGGUUGGCCCGUUUUUCUCUGGAGGAGUGUACUCAUAUGUAUCGUCGAUUUGGAUCUGAGGUCUUCAGGCAGAACCCCCUGGUUGGCACUGUGAAGAUGGGUUUAAGUCACUCCUACUAUGACACUGCAACCUGGGAGAAAAUACUAAAGGAGACGUUAGGUUAUAAGCCGUUAAUUAAAACAUCUAGAUACGAGUUCAGUCCAAAGGUUUCAGCUGUUAGUGCAGUGGUUAACUGGGGUACAGGCCCCAAGGCUUUUGUAUUUCGCAACUACAACCACAAACCAGGAUGCCUCAGCCGCUAUGCAGGGGAAUCAAGCCAUGCCAUGUGGCAGGCAGUGCGUGCAUCUUCAGCUGCACCUGGAUACUUUGAGGAGUUCCCUUUACAAAGUGACAUCCACCAGGAUGGAGGAAUCAUCCUGAACAAUCCCUGUGCCUUGUCUAUUCACGAGAGCCGUUUGUUGUGGCCCAACCAACCCUUUAAGUGUGUGCUGUCCCUUGGCACGGGGCGCUUUGACAGGGUCAAGAGGGGCCCUACUACCUCCACAAGUCUGCGAACCAAAAUCAACAACCUGAUCACCAGCGCCACGGACACAGAAGGGGUCCACACUCUCCUGGAUGAAUUGCUUCCACCAGAUGUCUACUUCCGCUUCAACCCCAUGCUAAAUGCGCAGGUUUCCUUAGAUGAGAAUCGCCCAGAGACGCUGGAUCAGCUAGUCAAAGAUACGCAGGACUACCUGGAUAGAAAUCAGCCUAAAGUGGCUAAGCUCUGUUCAGUUCUGGGCAAAGAGCGUUCCACUGUGGGCCAAGCCAAAGACUGGAUGAGUGAGAGGGCUUGGGAGAUAAAGCAGGGGCUGAUGUGAUUUGGGGUGCUUCAGCUUGUCUGCAUUUUAUUUUGUGUUUAGUGGUGUGAAGCAAAUCCACACAUCCUCUACAUUUUAUAUUUUUUGCACAUUAACACAAUUAUCUUAGCAAAGUGAUUCACAUCAUUUGCUUCUUAAAUCUUUCUUGGUUUAGAAAAAUGAUCAAAGAAAAACAAUGACCACCUACUAUUAUCUUUGUUGUCCUUUUUUUUGCUUUUAAACAGAAGUGCCAAACAAUUUAAUAGGAUGAAGUGGGACAAAAAAGCAAUAAUUUACACAUCAUCAUAUUUCUUUAGUUAUUAGGGUUUGUUCCAUAAAGGAACAUUUAAAUUUGUCCAAUAUAUGUAAAAUGUAUUUUAAAUUUGUUUGAAGGGCUUACAUAGUAUUUAUUUUGAAUAAAUGUAUGUAUCGAUGA